UACAGCAAACCUCAGCAGAGCAGCGACAGCGGGAGAAGAGUUGCGCGUGCGCAGACGUGGCUGCCGUCCUAUGAAGCAGACCGAGCUCAAGUAUCGCUCCUGUUCCUGUCGAUCAAACACCAAUAACACAGCGUCGCUGUCGCUUCUAUCGACCCGCAGCAGCUGAAGCAGCCAUGUGUUCAGCUGAGUCUCUGAGAGAGUUCAUACAGGAGAGGCUGGCUGCUGUUUGCCAACAAAUCUUCUGCGAGGUUCAGAAAACCAUCGUCCAGUAUGAGGAGGAGAUCCAGCGUCAGCGCAGACUGCUGGAUAUCAGCCGGAGACCCGACACACACUCACACGGCUCAGAAUUCCAACAGCUUCGUGUUUGUGGGAAAGAGGAGCCUCUGACAGAACAGCAGGUCUUUAACCAGGAGAUGAUCUCCAGUGUGGACCAGGAGGAUCCAGAGCCUCCACAGAUGAAAGAGAGACAGGAGGAGGAACUGCAGCAGCUGGGAGUGAAGCAGGAGGCUGACGGUGUCAGAACUGAUGAUGAUUGGCUCAAACUGCUGGCGACCAUCUGGAAACCCGAGAUAAAGCUGCACAGAAUAGACCUUCAACGACUAAAUGUCUGUGAGGACGAGGUGGAGAAGGAGGAACCUCUCACAAACCAGGAAAACUAUAACGAGGAGAGGAGCUCCAGUGUGGACCAGGAGGACCCAGACCCUCCACAGAUUAAUGAGGAACAGGAGGAUCUCUGCAGCAGUCAGAAGGGAGAGCAGCUGGGAGUGAGGCAGGAGACUGAUACCUUCAUGGUGACUCCUGCUUAUGAGGAAAGUGACCACAGUGAAGCAGAACCAAACAGUGAGCAAAUCUCUCACAGCUCUGCUGAAGCAGAGAGCCAAGAUCAGGAAGAAAGUCAGCAUGUGGACUCGGGGUCAUCUGAAAAUGCAGAGGUGAAGACAAUCAGACGUCGCAAAAAGAAAAGUGACAGUAAUAAAGUGGAAAAUCCUGCUCUGUCAGAGAGUCAGGGUCAAAGUGGGGCAAGAAAAAAGACUGAACAAUGUGACAUCUGUGGGAAAAGUUUUCAGUUUAAAUCACGCCUGACUGCACACGUGAGACGUCACACAGGUGAGAAACCGUAUUCUUGUAGCACCUGUGGAAAGGCGUUUCUGUUUAAAUCCCAACUGAAUAUACAUAUGAGACGUCACACAGGUGAGAAGCCAUAUUCUUGUAGCACCUGUGGUAAAACGUUUGUCCUUAGAUCCCUGCUAAAUGCUCACGUAAGAGUUCACACAGGUGAGAAGGCAUUUUUGUGUAGCACCUGUGGGAAAGCAUUCACUUCCAACUCACAAUUGACCACUCACACAAGAGUUCACACAGGUGAGAAGCCAUAUUCUUGUAGCACCUGUGGUAAAACCUUUAACUGUGCAACCUACCUGAAGAAACAUGUCAGAGUUCACACAGGUGAGAAACCUUAUCCUUGUAGCACCUGUGGGAAACAAUUUAGUCAAUGGAUACACAUGAAUCGUCACAUGAGGCGUCACACAGGUGAGAAGCCAUAUAGCUGCAGCACUUGUGGGAAAAGAUUCCCUUACCAAUCAGGAUUGAAAGUUCACAUGAAUACACACAGGUGACACGGUUAUGUGAAGGCUGCAGAAUCUGUGGGAAAAGAUUUUGUUAAUGAGACACGUGAUAAUUUAUGUUGCCUAAAAGUGUUAUAUUUAGAAAAGGUGGGACAGAGUCAUAGCAGUGUGUAGAGCUCACACUGACCAGGAGUCAAAUCCCUGCAACACCCGAGUGAAAAGAUGACCGAUAUUCAAAUUAGCAUUUUCUGUCCAGAGUAGUAAAAACUCUCAACAUUCUUUAUAAAGUUCAUUACGUUAUUCUUAUAGUUGUAUCAGAGAAACCCUGAUGUUACAUUUAAUGAUGGUUAAAGUUCAGUGUGCUCCUUUUCUAUAGAAAAGUACAUUUUUACAUUUAGAGAACAUGCACCAGAAAAGUCAUUCAAUUUGUGUUUGGUUGUUUAUUUGUGUGUUGUAACAAUGCUUUUUGACAAUAAAUCCUAUACCAUU